CCUAACCAUGCCUUCCCUUGGAAUUCAAAACCCAUCCUCCAAACCUCUCCUCUGUUUCCAAAUUCGGUGAAAGGUUUCAUCACCGCCAGUAGCCUCCUUCUCACUACCGUUGAGUCCAUAAACCCUAACCUCUGCCCAAAUCACAUUCGGAUCUCCCCCAUCUCCGUUCUCCGAUUCAUUCGAAACCCUAGCCCACAAUGCCAGUCGAGAUGGUCUCUGAUGCCGACGAUGACGACGGAGAAUUCUCCGGAAGCGACGCCGACAAUGGUUUUGACGAGGAUAUGGAAGCCCUAAGGAGGGCUUGCAUUCUCACCGGAACUGAUCCUCAAUCCAUCGACUCCGGCCCCACCGCCGACCCUAACGGCACCGCCGACUCCGACGAGGAUGACCUCGAAUUGGUCCGUGGGAUUCAGCAACGGUUCUCGGCUUGCACUCAGGCUGAGGGGUCCCUGUUUACGAACCCCCUCAGCACGAUUCUCCCGGUUGCCUCUGACGAGGACGAGGACGAUUUCGAGACUCUUCGCGCCAUUCAGAGGCGGUUCACGGGCUACGAGACAGAGAGUCUAAAGAAUAGCACAGGGGAUUAUUUAAAUAAGCCGGAACAAGUUCAUGCCACUGACAUAGCAUUGAAGGAGGGAACUUCCAACCAUUUUGUUUUAGGCACAAGUAAUUUUCCUAAAGGGUUUCCAGAUUCUUUGGAUGCCGGAAAUACCUUCCAGAAUUCAGAAUCAUUCAAAGACGAUGUUCCUGAGCCAGCUGGAUUGAUUGAGUGGCAGCAACCAGAAAAUCAUGACUUGGCUAUAAUUCCAUCGAGAGGCUCUGGCUUUCCAAAGUCUGCACAGAUGUUUAUUGAUGCCAUCAAGAAGAAUAGGGCCUGUCAGAAAUUUCUUCGAAGUAAGCUGGGCGAGGUUGAAGCAAGGAUCGAAGAAAACAAAAAACUGACACAGCGUGUUAAAAUUUUGAAAGACUUCCAACUUUCUUGCAAAAAACGAACUGGGCGAGCGUUAUCCCAGAAGAAGGAUGCUCGAGUUCAGCUGAUUUCAGAAACAAAGCCAGGAGCUAAUUCAAAGCUCAAUGGAAAAAAGGUGUCACCAUUGUGUUAUGGCCCUGAUGAAAAUUCUCAUUCUGCUAUUUAUAGAACAGUAUUGGCUAGACAUCCCAUGUCAUUGGGUAGGGAAAAGUGGUCUAGUGAAGAAAGGGAGAAUCUUGCUAAGGGAAUAAAACAACUACUCCAAGAACUGUUGCUCCAAAGAUCUGUUGAUUUGAUCAGUGAUGUGGACGGAGCUGGAGGGUCAAGUGAUUUUGAUGGUAUUAUUGCAUCAAUUAGAGAUCUGGAUGUCACCCCUGAGAGUAUUAGAUCGUUUCUACCCAAUGUUAACUGGGAGCGGUUGGCUUCUAUGUGUGUUUCAGGACGUUCUGGUGCAGAAUGUGAAUCAAGGUGGUUGAACUAUGAAGACCCCUUAAUUAAUAAUAAUCCGUGGACUAAAAUGGAGGACAAGAAGCUUCUGCAUGUUGUCCAAGAAAGGGGGAUCAGUAACUGGAUUGAUAUUGCUGUCUUGUUGGGAACAAACAGGACCCCAUUUCAGUGCUUGGCUCGGUAUCAAAGAAGUCUUAAUCCCUCAAUAAUGAAGAGGAACUGGACUGAGGAUGAUGAUGAUAAGCUUCGUAGUGCUAUAGAAACUUUUGGUGAGAGCAAUUGGCAGCUUGUGGCUUCUAUGUUAGAAGGAAGGACUGGUACCCAAUGCUCUAACAGAUGGAUAAAAACCCUUCAUCCAGCUAGGCAAAAAGUAGGUAGGUGGACUUCAGAUGAGGAUAAACGACUAAAAGUGGCUGUGAUGCUUUUUGGUCCUAAAACCUGGAGAAAAAUAGCUCAGUUUGUGCCUGGUCGAACUCAUGUGCAAUGUAGAGAAAGAUGGUUCAAUAGCUUGGAUCCUUCUUUGAAUUUGGGUGAAUGGACUGAAGAAGAGGAUUCAAGAUUGAAAGAAGCAAUUGGAGAACAUGGAUAUUACUGGUCCAAGGUUGCUGCAUGCCUUCCUCGACGUACUGAUAACCAGUGCAGGAGGAGAUGGAAAGUGUUGCUUCCACAUGAAGUUCCAUUGCUCCAAGCAGCUAGAAAGAUACAGAAAGCUGCCCUGAUAUCAAACUUUGUAGAUCGGGAGUCAGAACGACCUGCCCUUGGACCAAAUGAUUUUGUAUCACUUGGAAUAAAGAAUUCAGUUUCUGAAUCUGAAAAUAUGGCAACUUCUGGGAAACAAAAGAGGAAAUCAAGGUCAAAGAGACCUGCGAAGCAAGCUCAAAGUUGUUCCAACAAAGUCCCCUCAUUUACCAAUGGCAAUGACGUUGAGCUUGAGACUUCUGGUGGUAUUGAUGCCAUUUCGAAGAAGAAGAGAGUGAAGAAGCCCUAUUCAAAGAAUAAAAGAAGUUCCGGACCAACUCAAGAUGGGAUGAAACACGAUCAAGAAGUUGGAUCAUUUGAUGGGCAAACAAAAAAGGAGUCUUCUAGGCGGCUGAAAAGGAAACCUGGAGAGAGUCUAGAAGGGAAGGAGAUAGACAUGGCUUCCAGCGAUAUUGCCGUUCCAAAAAAGAAAGUGAGAGGAACACAGCCACGUUCAAGGAAGCAUGAAGGUACUGGAUUGAACAAAGCUCGCCUAUCAGCUUGUGAAGAUUCAGAAUUACGAAUUAUGACUUCGGGAGAAGGGGAUGGAGGUGGGGGUGAUGCGUCAAAGAAUAAAAAAGCCUCUGAGCCAGGUCAAAGGAAGAAAAAAUGUGACAAACUACAAGAUGAUGUAUCAGGAAUGAUCGGGUCUGAAGAGGUUGCAAGCCCUGGGAGAGAUGAUUCUAUUUUAGUGAAGAAUAAAAGGUUGUCUUUGCCACAUCUGGAGCAAGAUAAGCAUACCUAUCCAAGUCUAGAUUCAACAUCAUUAACAAUAACAAAAGGUAAUGGAUUUGAAGCCUUUGGGAGUGUUGGUGUGAGAGACAAGAAUGUUCCUUAUUCAAGAAGUGAAUGUAGUAGACUUCUGGCCGAACUUCCAGAGAUGAGCGGACCCAGUGACGUUGAUCCAAAGCAAGAUAAGCAUACUGAUGCGAUUCCAGAUACAUCAUCAUUUAGGGUCGCAAAUGAUAAUGAAGUUGAAGCCUUUGGCAGUGAUGGUGUGCGGAAAAAGGACCCUUCUAAACUACAUUCAAGGAGAAAUAAAUAUAGUAGACUCCUGCAGGAGUUUUCACAGAGAAUUGAUUCCAGUGAAGCCGAAACCUUGGGCGUGGAUGAUGCCAUUUUGAAGAACACUGGUCUAAAUCAUUCAUCAUCUUCAAAAUCAUUUACUAUCACUGAGAAGCAGGUUGUGGCCUUUGAUGGAAAUGGUGCGGCCAUAAAGAAAAGAACAGCCUCUGAGCCAUGCUCCAGCAGUAAAUGUACUAAUGACCGUCCACAGAACAGCGGGCAUCUUCCAUUACCUCCAGAAGGUUUGAGCAUAAGAGCCAUGGAUGCUGAUGAGUAUGACAUGACACUCUCUUCCUUUAUUAAGAACAAGAUGAAGAAGCGAAAGCUGAACUUUGUCAAAAAGGACAAGGAUGCUUCCGGGGGUAACUGCCGGAAUGGUAGAAAGAAUGGUGUUUUGUCAUCUCAACCAAUGCAGUCGAGUCACUUGGAGGAUCCUCCACCAGUUGCUGUUGAUGUAAUUGACUCUGGGAAAUCAAACCCGGUUGCUGGGGGGAGCUCUUCUCUUCGCGAAUCACUGAAAGCACCAUCGAGCAUCGAUCUUGCUGGUGAGGUACCAGCCGGUGAUGAAGCCAACGACGCAUGCUCUCCCCCCUGCCGGAUUUGAGAAAAUAGAAGGUAAGUCAAAACUUGCAAGUUAUAUUUUCUAUGGGAUUGCUUUUUUGUGCUGUGUUGUGUUGAAGGCUGGCGUUUUAGCCAUAAAAGAGGAGAAGGAAAGAAAUCGUUUAUUGGAGCUUUUGGGUGCAGCAGCAGGAGGAUAUUUUGAGAGAUGAAUUUUGAAGAGUCAUCUGUAUAGUCGCAUAAUUGGUAUUGGUAGAAUGAGUUGUACAGACUUUAUAUAAACUGAGGUAAAUUUUAUUAUCAAUUUGGAUAUAUUUCAAUAGAUGUGUUUUCAAAAUUUCAAUAUAA